AUGCUAAAGAAUGUUGUGCGCACUACUUCACCUUUGGUCACUACACUAGCACGAAGGGCGGUGCCCGUUAUUCGCGCCAACAAUGUUGUAUCAAAUUUUGCCGCUCGAAGAUAUGCGACUGCUAAACCCGCCACAUCUGAAGUUUCCUCUAUCCUGGAACAACGCAUCCUUGGUGUCACUGCUAACGUUGAAGUCCAAGAGACUGGACGUGUCUUGUCAAUCGGGGACGGUAUCGCUCGUGUUUAUGGACUUAAAAAUUGUCAAGCCGAAGAAAUGGUGGAAUUCUCUAGUGGUCUUAAGGCAUGCUUUUAA